CGCUUUCUGGGAGCUUGCAGAACUGCGCUCUGAAGUUUAAAGAGCGGCGAGCAGCUUGUGCCGCGGGCGGAGGGACAAUGGAAGAAAAUGAAAGCCAGAAAUGCGAGCCGUGCCUUCCUCACUCAGCAGACGGCGGACAGAAGCAGGAACAAGGAAAAAGCAGUCUACAUGUAACGUCCUUAGAAGAUGCAGAAUGCCGCCGAACCAAGGAACGCCUCUCUAAUGGAAACAGUCGUGUUUCAGUUUCCAGGUCGUCCCGCAACAUCCCAAGGAGACACACUCUAGGUGGGCCCCGAAGUUCCAAAGAAAUCCUGGGAAUGCAAACAUCUGAGAUGGACAGGAAGAGAGAAGCUUUCCUGGAACAUCUGAAGCAGAAAUACCCCCAUCAUGCCACCGCAAUCAUGGGCCACCAAGAGAGGCUGAGAGACCAGACAAGAAGUCCCAAGCUGUCUCAUAGUCCCCAACCUCCCAAUUUGGGCGACCCGGUCGAGCAUUUAUCAGAGACAUCUGGUGAUUCUUUGGAAGCCAUGUCUGAGGGAGAAGCUCCAAGUCCCUUCUCCAGAGGCAGCCGAACUCGAGCGAGCCUUCCAGUGGUGAGGUCGGCCAACCAGACGAAAGAAAGAUCUCUGGGGGUUCUCUAUCUCCAGUACGGAGAUGAAACCAAGCAGCUCAGGAUGCCGAAUGAAAUCACAAGCGCAGACACAAUCCGUGCUCUCUUCGUAAGUGCCUUUCCACAGCAGCUCACCAUGAAAAUGCUAGAAUCUCCCAGUGUCGCCAUUUACAUCAAAGAUGAAAGCAGAAAUGUCUAUUAUGAACUAAAUGAUGUAAGGAACAUUCAGGACAGAUCGCUCCUCAAAGUGUACAACAAGGACCCCGCACAUGCAUUCAACCACAUACCGAAAACUGUGAAUGGAGACAUGAGGAUGCAGAGAGAAAUUGUGUAUGCACGAGGAGAUGGCCCUGGUGCCCCUCGACCGGGAUCCACCGCCCAUCCACCCCACGCCAUCCCAAACUCUCCACCAUCCACUCCUGUGCCCCAUUCCAUGCCUCCUUCCCCAUCCAGAAUUCCUUACGGGGGCACCCGCCCCAUGGUUGUUCCUGGCAAUGCCACCAUCCCCAGGGACAGACUCUCCAGCCUGCCGGUCUCCAGGUCCAUCUCGCCCAGCCCGAGCGCCAUCCUGGAAAGAAGAGAUGUGAAGCCCGAUGAAGACAUGAGUGGCAAGAACAUCACAAUGUACCGGAAUGAGGGCUUCUAUACCGAUCCUUACCUUUAUCACGAGGGGCGGAUGAGCAUAGCGUCUUCCCAUGGCGGGCACCCGCUGGACGUCCCCGAUCACAUCAUCGCGUAUCACCGCACAGCGAUCCGCUCGGCCAGUGCUUACUGCAACCCUUCUCUGCAAGCGGAAAUGCACAUGGAGCAGUCGCUGUACAGACAGAAAUCUCGGAAAUACCCAGAGAGCCACCUGCCAACUCUGGGCUCCAAAACGCCCCCCGCCUCUCCUCAUCGAGUCAGUGACCUGAGGAUGAUAGACAUGCACGCCCACCAUAACGCCCACGGGCCCCCUCACACCUUGCAGCCAGAGCGGGCCUCCCCGAGCCGCCAGACCUUCAAGAAGGAGCCGGGCACCUUGGUGUAUAUUGAAAAGCCACGGACCACUCCGGGAUUAGCCAGCAUUGUGGACUUCGGCCCUCCUCUCUUAGAGAAGCAGGUGUUUGCCUACAGCACUGCUACCAUCCCCAAAGAUAGAGAGACCAGAGAGAGGAUGCAAGCCAUGGAGAAACAGAUUGCCAGUUUAACUGGCCUUGUUCAGUCGGCGCUUUUUAAAGGGCCCAUUACAAGUAAUAGCAAAGAUGCGUCUAGCGAGAAAAUGAUGAAAACCACAGCCAGUAAGAGCCACACGGAUAGCGCAGGAACGCUGCAUGUUUCCGGAGGCAAGACUGUGGGCGCCCUGGAGUCAUCGGGGGUGUCCAGCCAGCCCUUGCCUGCCAGCCCCUCGGCUCUGCACAUGAGCCUGCUCGACAUGAGGCGGAGUGUGGCCGAACUCAGGCUCCAGCUCCAGCAGAUGCGACAGCUCCAGCUACAGAACCAGGAACUGCUGAGGGCCAUGAUGAAGAAGGCUGAGCUGGAAAUCAGUGGCAAAGUGAUUGAAACCAUGAAGAGGCUGGAGGACCCCGUCCAGCGACAACGCGUCCUGGUGGAGCAAGAGAGGCAGAGAUACCUACACGAGGAGGAGAGGAUUGUCAAGAAGCUGUGUGAGCUGGAAGACUUUGUUGAAGACUUGAAGAAGGACUCUACAUCCGCCAGCCGAGUGGUCACUCUAAAAGACGUGGAAGACGGGGCUUUCCUCCUGCGACAAGUGGGGGAAGCCGUAGCUACCCUGAAAGGAGAAUUCCCAACCCUACAGAACAAGAUGCGAGCCAUCUUACGCAUCGAAGUGGAGGCCGUGCGGUUUCUGAAGGAGGAGCCCCACAGGCUGGACAGUCUCCUGCAGAGGGUGCGAAGCAUGACCGACACCUUGACCAUGCUGCGGAGACACGUCACCGACGGACUCUUGAAAGGUACAGACGUGGCCCAGGCCGCUCAGUAUGUGGCGAUGGAGAAGGCCACGGCCGCCGAAGUCCUGAAGAGCCAAGAGGAGGCGCCCCACGCCUCGGGCCAGCCCCUCCACGCGGCAGGAGUCCCGGGCGAUGUGAAGUCGGAAGUGGUGCCCUUGACCGUUCACCACGCACAGAGUUCUGCCGUGGUCAUCCAGCCCUCCCAGCACUCCGCCGCCCUGCUGAACCCCGCCCAGCACCUGCCCGCAGGGGCCGGUCCUCACCCGGCCGGCCCUCCCACCGCUACCCAGGAAGGGACCUCCGCUCUGCCGUCGUCGGCUCAGGCUCCACAGUCCCCACAGACACCCAUGAAUGGUUCCACCAUGCAAAGCUUGUUCAUCGAGGAGAUCCACAGCGUGAGUGCCAAGAACAGGGCGGUGUCCAUUGAGAAAGCAGAAAGAAAAUGGGAAGAGAAAAGGCACAAUCUGGACCACUAUAACGGGAAAGAGUUUGAGAAGCUGCUAGAAGAAGCUCAGGCCAAUAUCAUGAAGUCAAUUCCAAACCUGGAGAUGCCACCAGCCGUGGGCCCACAACCAAAGGGCGAUGCCCCAGGAGACAAGCUGGAACUUUCAGAAGACUCUCCGAAUUCAGAACAAGACUUGGAUAAACUGGGGGGUAAGUCCCCGCCUCCUCCACCCCCGCCCCCUCGGCGGAGCUACCUGCCAGGAUCAGGGCUCACCACCACGAGGUCCGGCGAUGUGGUCUACACCAGCAGGAAGGAGAACACCACCGCUAAGGCAAGCAGUGAAGAUGCCGGACCGAGCCCCCAGGCGAGAGCCACAAAAUGUCCGACGGAGGAGCCUGCUUCUGCCUGGACCCCAUCCCCACCACCAGUCACAACCUCCUCCUCCAAGGAUGAGGAGGAAGAAGAGGAAGGAGACAAGAUAAUGGCAGAACUGCAGGCAUUCCAGAAGUGUUCCUUUAUGGAUGUAAAUUCAAACAGUCAUGCUGAGCAGUCCCGGGCUGACAGUCACGUUAAAGACACUAGGCCGGGGGCCACGGUCCCAGCCAAGGAGAAGAAGAAUUUGGAAUUUUUCCAUGAAGACAUACGGAAAUCUGAUGUUGAAUAUGAACAUGGCCCCCAAAUGGAAUCCCAGAAGGUUACCACAAGACCUCUAGCAGCUCUUGGUCACCCUAAGUGGGAAAUGGCCCUGGGGGAUGGUAUUUUUGAUGCAUCCAGAACCUCAGAGUACAAAACAGACAUCCUAAAGAAGGAAAAUUCCAUGUCCAACAAGAGUUUAUUUGGAGACAGUAGAAACUAUUCCCAGAAAAAUGCAUCUAAAGUCAACUCCAGCCACCCUGACACUUGUCCAUCAGAAGUUGUAAUAAACAGAGGACCUAAGGGCUCAGGACCUCAGUACCCUGUCUCUGACACGGAGCAUCAGAAGAUGAGUUACGGAAAGACAAAGGAGAUGGGUCUAGAAGGACCAGAAAAUACUGAUAGGUGUGACCUUCCCUCUCCCACUAGGUCAACUGAAUUGAGCCCGUGUGAUGUCAAAACUCAUGAUCAAGAGGUUCCCAUGACAGAGUUCAGCCAGGUCGUCCUGAGACCCAGGGGCACGCGGCAUGCGAAUGUGAACCCCAGUGAGGACGGGGAGUCGACCCCAAGUUCUCCCACUGAGGAAAACGUGACCCCCGACAACAUUGCCUUUAUGAUUACCAAAACCGCGGUCCAGGUUCUCUCCAGUGGGGAGGUCCGAGACAUAGUGAGCCGAAAGGGGGAAGAUGUACAGACGGUUAAUAUUGACGCCAAAAAAGAGACCACUUCCCAACAAGGAGGAAGUGAAAACGAAGAGCCAGUCGUGUGCCUGGACAAGAAACCAGUUAUCAUCAUUUUUGACGAACCCAUGGACAUCCGGUCCGCAUAUAAGAGACUUUCGACCAUAUUUGAGGAGUGCGAUGAGGAGUUAGAGAGAAUGAUGAUGGAGGAGAAGAUAGAGGAGGAGGAAGAGGAGGAAAAUGGAGACCCAGUGGUCCAGAACAAUACGUCUGGAAAGUUCCCCAAGGAGGUGGCCUCCGGCAGCCCCAGACCGACACGGCAGGCUGAAUGGGAGCUACAGCCACACAGCCCAUCGGCCGAGGCUAACACAUCAGGAGGACAGGAAAUGAAUAAAAGGGAGCGGGGCAAGUUGGGCCAAGCCGAGUCUCCAAGUUCAGAUAGCAAGGGCGACGGGACAGAUGACCAGUUUGAAAACCCCAAGAAGAAGUUCAAGUUCAAAUUCCCUAAAAAGCAGCUGGCGGCUCUCACUCAGGCAAUUCGCACGGGAACCAAAACAGGGAAGAAGACCUUGCAAGUGGUGGUCUACGAGGAGGAGGAGGAGGACGGCACCUUGAAGCAGCACAAGGAAGCCAAGCGAUUUGAAAUUACUAGGUCCCAACCUGAAGACACCCCCAGAAGCACGCCUAGGAGACAAGAGCCGCCCGGUCCAGAGAGCACAGCUCUGAUUUCCAGGACUGAUGAAAUUAGAAAAAAUACCUACAGGACGCUGGACAGCCUGGAGCAGACCAUCAAACAGCUUGAAACCACCAUCAGUGAAAUGAGUCCAAAAGCCCUAGUUGAUACUUCGUGCUCUUCCAACAGAGAUUCUGUGGCAAGCUUGCCCCACAGAGCCCCAGAGGCCUCUCCCCGCUCCCUGCUAGUUCUGGAGGAAGCUCCCACUGCCCCAGAGCCCCCCGCGUCCGUACCUUCAGCUUCACGUAAGGGCUCCGCUGGGACCCCGCAGACGAGCAGGAUGCCAGUCCCCAUGAGCUCCAAGGGCAGACCCGGAAGCCUGGACAAGCCCGGCAAGCCGUCCAAACUGCAGGAUCCCCGCCAGUAUCGUCAGGCUAAUGGAAGUGUUAAGAAAGCUGGUGGGGACUGUAAGCCUCCUUGCCCCUCCUUACCUGCUUCUAGGAUUCCAGCCCUUUCUCCCAGCUCUGGGAAAAGCAGUUCCGUGCCCUCUUCUAGUGGUGACAGCUCUAACUUGCCUAUCCCACCUACCGUUAAGCCACCGGUUACUUCUAACCCUCUCAGCCCCCAGACAGGACGAUCUGCUCCCUCUGCCUCCCUCAUCCCCUCUGUCUCUAAUGGCUCCUUAAAGUUUCAGAGCCCCACUCACGCAGGUAAAGGCCACCAUCUCUCAUUCUCACUGCAGACUCAAAACGGCCGAGCAGCCGCUCCCCCGUCCUCCUCCUCCCCGCCCUCCCCCGCCUCCCCCACUUUACUGAGUCAAGGUGCCAAGGGCAUCAGAACCAUCCACACUCCCGGCCUCACCAGCUACAAGGCACAGAAUGGAAGUUCCAGCAAAGCCACCCCAUCCACAGCAAAAGAAACCUCUUAA